AUCAUAAUUCAUGUGACUUACCUGAAGUAAACUAUGAUGAAAGUGAGCAUAUCCUUACUAAGUUCACUGUUGGAUCUAUUGUUUGGGCAAAAAUGGAUGGUUAUCCAUGGUAAGCCAACAAUUUAACUGAUAAUAAAAGAGUUCUAAUUAAUCCAAUUACAUAAUCUAUUAAUUGUAUGUGUGUGAUUGUUUGACUCUUUUAAUACAGGAUUACUUAAAAUAAGUUUUUAAUUUUUUAACAUCUUUCCAUAAAAUAUCAGUCAUAAAUACUACUAGUAUUACUAAAGCCUAUCAGUAUACUUUGAAUAUGUGUCACAGCAUCAGUUGCUUGGUUUUGUUUUAAAAAUUUGUUUAGUGGACACUACAUCACUUAAAAAUCUUCAUAAAAGAAUGUUGUUUUUCUGUCAGUACCAAAUAUUUUUUUAAAUUUCACAAAUCAGAACUGCAUGUGUUUAUGUGAUGGAAUAAAAAUAACAUAUGUCAAUAUGCAUAAUAAAAUUAAUUGCCUAGUCCUAAAAUAUUCCAAUACCUUAAAAAGAAUUUUGUUCCAUAAUAUGUAGGUGGCCAGGCAUGAUUGAGAUUGAUCCAGAUUAUGGUAUUUAUUUUGAAGUUCCAACAGAAACUAGCAUGGUCCCUGUAGGUUUUAGAUGUUAUUUUUUAAACUCUUAUAUUUCAUUUUCUCCCAUUUUCUCAAUUUAAAUUUUAUGUUAAUGUUCUAUUUGAUUUUCUUGAAACAAUGAUACAUAGAUAAAAAUAAAGACAUAGAAAAAGUAAUUCAAAGAUAAACUAAAGACACAGAAAAAGUUAAAGGCAAAUUAUGCAAAAAGAGCAUAUUUUUUCUCUGCUUACUUGAAGCCCUAGUUGUUCAUUCUCAUAUAUCUUUCUAUUUUUAGUGAAAAAUAUAAACAUAAAAUAAAUAUAUUUCAUGUAAAUAAAGUUGAAAUUGUUUUGACUCUGACUAUUAAGGGUUAGAGAUUUGGUUUAAUCAGAAGCUGCAAAGAGGACACACUGUUUGGUACUCUUUAUGUGCAUGCACUUCAAUUGCAAGAGAAACCAUGAUAAAAUAACAAACAAAAAACUAACCAUAGCAACAAAAAGUAAAACAGUAUCAUAGCAACAAAAAGUAAACAGUAAAGAUAAUAAAAAUUAAACUUAGCUCAUAAGCAGUUGGUGCUAUUUGGAGAGUUGUGUUUUCAUUUCCUAAUUACCCAUAUGUGCUUUAUAUUUAAUUUCUUUAUUCACUUUCCAGAAUAUUAUAGUAAAAUCAUGAUUCUAUGCUAUUUCAGAAUUGUGAGGAUUAAAAUUAUUUGAAAAUAAAAAUAGUUAAAUUUUAAACCCAGAAUAAACUUUAUUUAGAGUAUAUGUUGUGCUAUAUCAUUUGACAGACUCAGUACAAUGUAACUUUCUUUGGUGAUAAUGUGACACGAGCAUGGAUGAAAUCUUCUUUAAUUGCUCCUUAUGGGAGUGGACACCCUAAGUCAAAAGUAAGUUAGAAAUUUUUUUAUUUUGUACAUAUUAUGCAGUUACUCUUGCUGUUUGUAAAUAAAAACAAUUGUGAAAAGCCCUUUUUUUCUUCAGUUUCCAGUUAAGCAUCAGACUUAUAAAAGAGAACUUCAAGCUGCAAAGAAAAUAGCUGACAGUGCUUUGGAAUUUAAGUUACAGGUACUGUUGGUAGAACUAUGUAGGGGUUAUAUAAACAUAAAAAAUAUAUAUGCUUUUUAAUAAGUGGAACAAGAUAUGCAUGAAAAAGAAAAAGGUCAAUUUUUUUUAAAGCCCAAAGAUAUAUUGUUGCACCAUUUAUGUACCAUCCACAGCUUGAUAGCAGUUCCUCAUAUCUUAUUCUUUGUAGUGACAAUUAUAUUAAUACAAUUUAUAAUUUGUUACAAGAUAAUAUGCUUUUAUCCUGUUUGACUGCAAGACCUUAAUUUUAUUUCAGGACCGUUUAAAGAAAUUUGGAUUUGCACAGAACCACACAAAAAGAACCAGACAUAAUAAAAUUGGUAAACUGUUUAUAUACCCUAAACAUAUGCAUUCUAUUUGGUUAAGAAAUCAAAUGAACGUAAACUUCAACCACUGAAUGACUUAUUGUUUGAUGUUAUUUUUUUAUUGCAACAUUAACAAUGUGUGUGCAAUAUUAAUUUUCAGAAUCUAAGCAAGAUAAAAUGAUUAAGCCUGCAAAUAAAAAACAAAAGAAAGUACUGAAGGCAACAAACAUAUUAAAAAGUGAUUCUGCCAAAACUGCAAUGGAAAAACUUAAUAACUCUGAUGUGUUUAGUGAUGACUCAUUGGAAAGUAAGUUUAAUCUCUUCUUAUUGUAAUUUUUUUUUAUUUGUCAUAUAUGGCAAUCAGUGUCACAAUUUUUGGGUUAAGUUUUACCAUUUAAAUAGUUAAUUAAAAGAUUAGGCACAUGUGGUCUGUCCUGUGAUUUUGAUUAAAAUGAUAACUUGAAUUUCUCUUUUUCCCCACCCACAAGACAUAUUCUCCAUACUUCUUGGGUACAAUUAGCCCUACACCUGUAAAUGAAGUUUAUGCCAUAACCAUUUAAUUAAGUUUAAAAAACUGUUACUAUAUAGAAAAUUUUUAAAAAUAUUUCAUAAAAUUAAAAGAUACACUCUUUCCCAUGUAAAGUUCUUGAUUUUUAAAGUUGAUUGAAUCAUUAAACAGAAAUGUAUACUGAAAUUCUCAAAAUGAUGAACAAAACAUGACAAUGUAUCUAUAUUUUUGUUCCAUAUUCUUUAUAGACCUAUGCUUCAAUUAAUUUUACUGAAAUUUUUAAUUUUACUGAAAUUUUUAAUUUUUUGCUCAGAUGUGGAAUACUUACCAAUAAAAACAAAGUCUCGAAGUGAUUCAAAUGAUCACAAGUUAAUUUUAUUUGACAAAAGUAAGUAUAAAACUAACCAUAAUUAAUUUGGAUAACAGAAUUUUAUCAGGCAUUUGCUUCCAGGGUACCUCUUUUAGUUAUGAAUUUCUAUGACCUAAAUAAAAAUAAAUGUAGUGAUUUUAUUACCCAUAAAGUUGCACUUAGGGUUAUUGACUAAGUUUUAUUCAAAAGUUACAUCACUGAGCAUUGUAAUCUCUAAAUUAUAUCAUGGCCUACUAUUGCAGCUGCAGAUGCCCUGAAUGUGCUAGGUAAAGGUAAUAACUCUGAUGCAACAACCACUACAAAUACCAACUCUCUAUCUGUAGCAAUAAAGAGAGACAUAAGCAAGAUCAACUUUGACUCUGGUAAACUUUUGGAGGGAGAAAAAGCAAGCAAUGAUGAGGCAAGCUCACCCCUAGAGAC